AUGCUGGCUCCGGUUGGCUCUCCCAGUUCUACUAGCUCUCACGAGACAGGACUAGAGGAGUAUCAUUAUACAAGAAAAGUCUCAUCUCCCAACAGCCUUACCUCACAUAGUUCGCCACCGCUGAGUGAUCAGUUACCCAGUACUCUACCAAUGUUGCGAGCACGUCUCCGAGAUCCUCCUCGUGACAGCCAUGGCAGGAUAUACUGCUGCCACCGAGAUUGUGAUCCAAAUCCUCCCGUCUUCAAGCGAAGAUGUGAAUGGAAUAAGCAUAUGGACAAGCAUGAGAGACCGUAUCGAUGCCUUGACCCUGCAUGUGCUAAGCUGUCAGGGUUCACUUAUUCCGGAGGACUUUUGAGGCAUGAGCGCGAAGUCCAUCGUAAGCACGGAGGACCUCGAGAUCCGCUCAUGUGUCCGUUUCGAGAUUGUAAGCGGAGCUCUGGUGCUGGAUUCAGUCGCAAGGAGAACCUCAAGGAGCAUCUUCGACGUGUCCAUUGUACCAAUCCUAUUGCUCGACUGGAAGACGACGAGCAGCAGCUUGACCUUCUCAAGGGAGAACUGAUGAUCCGGAAGCGAAAGAGGGCAGCAAUCGAUCGCAACGACGCUUAUACAGAUGACAUCCUCUCCCAAGCUGCCGAACUCCGCGAGGAAGUCAAGCGACUCAAGCUCGAAGGCGCCGAAAAAGAUGAGCGGCUUCGUCGACUCGAGUAUAAAGCUGCCAAUUCCAAGGAAAAGGAUGAACGUCUUCGGCUUUUGGAGGAUGCAGUCGCUGCGCUGGAACGAGAUCGUCGCCCUUUCCAGCCUCUUAUUCCUCGAUCCGAACAGAUUGUCUGA